AUGGCUGGGCAGAAGACAACUAUUGGCAAGCUGAUCGAGGACAUGAUGGGCGAGGACGCCGAAAGUUUGCUCCCCUCAUAUGUCAAUAAUGUCGAAAUUCCAAUAGAGGAAUUAGCAGACGAUGGAAUCACUCUCAACAUCAUGAAAUCCGAGGCUGGCCCGGUGUUUGGAUUUUUCGUGCGUAUUGGUUCCCUCCAUUUCGACUUUGCACAGAUUCCAGGUGGCGACGACAAACAGCCAAAACGUCUGCUAAGAUUGUCAAUCCAUUCUUUCCCAGAGGUGCCUGAGAUUCCCUUGGUGGGUAAAAUACCACAGCCCUUUGACCAGGUGGGCUUCGUGUGGACUAAGUAUGACUUCUCGUGGGAUGAGGUCGAUCAUCUCAAUGACACUUUGUUCGCUAGCUGUGAUGCGCUACAAGUUAAGGCCUCCAAAGAUCACGAACAAAAUCCUAUUGCUCUCAAAAAGGGCCUUCAUUUCAUGAUUUCAAUGAAUCAAGAUGGUAGCCCAGCUGUUGUCAUUGACUAUGUGUUCGGCCAGGGCCUGCAGAAGACCGCGAGCGCCUCGCCAGCUUUAACUGAGAAAGGAGAAAAGGAUGAGAAAGAACCAUCUCAGACAGACACCAAGACAAGCGCUGCUACACAAGUAGAAGCCGAAGAGCCGGAGGCCGGGCCCCAGUCAGAAAUGGCUCCAAUCAAGAAAAAUCACAACGGCUUGUCUAUCACAAACGUGGGCGUGCAGAUGGCCGGCCAUAUCUUAACAGUCCAUCUCAACGCCAAUGUCACACUUGGACCUAUCGAAAUGGCUAUUAUCGGACUAGCCUUACAUCUUGACCUAACUGACGCCAAAUUUCCUAGCUUGGCUGAUAUCAAACCUACCUUCUCAAUUGACGGCCUCGCUAUCUCUUAUGAUCGCAGCCCAGUACGGAUAUCCGGUCUCUUCCAACACCAAAAGUCGAGCAGCGCCGACACUUUCGCGGGUGGAGUUGUCAUUGGACUUUCCAAGUAUACUUUUGCUGCCGUGGGUGCAUACAGUCAAGUCACUCCCGCCCCACCAGCGCAGCCAUUCAAGUCGUUCUUCAUCUUUGGGGCGUUGACAGGACCACUGAUGCACUUUGAAUUCGGUGAAUUACGUGGAAUUUCAGGAGGAUUUGGAUACAACUCCUUUGUCAACUUACCGGAUGUAUCAGCUGUGUCACAGUUCCCCUUCUUGGGCAUGAUGAAUGCCGAUAACUCCGACCCCCUCAAGACACUAGAGACUUUCACCUCUGGGGGUACCAUCGUUUCCCAAACAGAAUCGCUUUGGUUUGCCGCCGGGCUGAAGCUGCGAAUCUUUGAAGUUAUCGAUGUCAGCGCGGUGGUGUCGUUGCAAUUGUCACAAGGAGAUCCUGUUCUGGCUAUAUUAGCUGAAGCUACGGCGAUGGUGCCCCAGACAGCUACUGUUGAGAAGGCGUUUGCUCUUAUUGACUUUGGUAUUAUUGCAACAUUGGAUCUUGGCGAUGGUACUCUCAUGAUUCAGGGCCAGAUAAACCCUCAGUCAUUCCUUCUCAGUCACGCCUGCCAUCCCGCGGGUGGAUUUGCCCUGUGUGUCUGGUCUACGCACUCCGGCCAUGGUGGUGACAUGGUUUUCAGUGUGGGUGGGUUCCAUCCAGUCUUUUCCCGACCAGCUCACUAUCCAAAUCCCCCUCGCGUGGGAAUCUCCUGGAUCUUUGAUUCCCACAUCAGUAUCGUCGGUGGAGCUUACUAUGCCAUCACUCCCUCCGCUAUCAUGGCUGGAGCAUCCCUCCAAGCAUUGUUCUCCAUGGGAUCACUUUCAGCACACAUAGAUGCCCAUGCAGACUUCUUGGUAAAUUUCGAGCCUUUCCACUACCAGGCCUCCGUUGGAGUGAUGGCCAGUGUCUCGUAUGAGUUAAAGGUCUGGUUCAUUACCAAAAAGCUCAGCAUCAAUCUAGGUGCAGACUUGGAUCUACAUGGCCCACCUAUGGCUGGUAUCGCUCAUUUCAGUUUCUGGGUGAUGAGCUUCGAUGUGGCAUUCGGAGAAUCGAAGCCAACAGUAACGCCUUUGACUUUGUCAGGGUUUUGGGACAUGUUAUCAAAGGGAACACCUGGCAAAUCCAAUCAUGUUAUGGCUGUGGAGGCUGGAUUGCUUCCAUCUCCCACCCAAGAUGCCAAGAAAGACGAAAGUAGCGUGAAGGAAACUAUCUCGCUGGUUCGCGGUGGAAGUCUGGCAUUGGGGAUCUACGCUCGUGUACCCAUCAACAGCGCGACAUAUCCUGGGGCAAAAUCUGUGGAGGAUGAUACACCCAUCCGCAGUCGUCCUAUGCAAUUGACCAAUACUACGAUCAAGUCCAAUAUUGCGUUUACGAUCACUCCUCCACCGGACAAUGCGUUCACAUUGUUUCCAAUUAUCAAGGACGUACCAACAUCCAUUUGGGGUGAAUGUAAGCAUUCUUUCUUCUGUUCUAUUUAA